CUAAUAAUGUUAAGUCGAGUGGGUGUAUUCUCGUUACUAACGUUGGUUUUGCUAUUGUCAGAUUCGGUCAAUGCUCAGUCAUUAUCCCUGAAAGUUAUCACAAUCGCAACCAGGCAGACCGAUGGCCUACAACGACUUCAGCGUUCCGCACGCUCUUUUGGUCUCUCUUUGGAAAUCGUUGGAUCCGAUUUGCCGCACCGUCCCGCAGAAUUGGAUGGUGCAGAAAAGAUCCGAUUACUGAAGCAAUCACUUGAGAAAGAUAAAGGCAGGAACGAUUUGGUGGUGCUCUACACUGAGGCAGAUACCUCAGUGUUGAAUGGUGCUGAGGAUGAAAUUUUGAAAAGAUUCACAGAAUCUUUUCCCGAAAGUCGCAUUGUUUUCUCAGCAAGCAGAUCAUGUUUCCCAGAUGAAUCGCUUCAAGAACGAUAUCCAAGUGUGAAGAAGGGUAAAAGGUUUCUGGAUUCAAAAUCAUUCAUUGGUUACGCAACAGACUUGUUCAAUCUGCUCGAAUCUGCAGAAGCUGAGAAUGAAAUCAAAGAUGAGCAACUGAUUUACACACAGUUGUUUUUGAAUGAACAAAUAAGGGUCUCGAUCGAUUCAAAGUCCGAAUUGCUACAGAGCGUUGACGUGAGUGUCGACGAGCUCAGAUUAGACUUCAGUGAUAACGGAGACGCUUAUGUAAGUGGAAUACCUUCUCACAACAACUCAAUCUAA